CAGUUUAAGUUGUCUGUAAACAAACUAUCUACCGGCUAAUAAUAACAACAAAGGAAUUACCCCAGCAGUAACAAAAAUAUUAUAAUUCAAGGUUUAUAAGAAUGAAUCGUCAUGUUCAAUUUGCUAAGAACUUGAAUCGUUUUCGCCUAGUAACAUUUGACAUCACUGAUACAUUAUUGAGGUUUCGUAAACCUCCAGGUGUGCAAUAUGCGAAGACUGCGGCAUUAAUGGGUGUAAAAAACCUUGAUCCAAACAAAUUACAAAAUUUAUUUCGCGAAGAAUUUAAAAACAUGGCCAAGAAAUAUCCCAAUUACGGCCGUAAUUCGAAAGAAAUAACUUGGCAGGAAUGGUGGAUCCUGUUGGUGGACAACGUCUUUAAACGAGUAGACGAGAAAUUAUCGCAAACACAAAUACGGCGCAUUAGUGAACGACUUUUUGAACAGUAUCGCAGUAAUGAGUGCUAUGUGCAUAUUGAGGGCAAUUUAGAAUUAUUAAAAAAAAUACGUGAUGUGACUAAAUAUGUUGGUGUCAUUUCUAAUAAUGAUCCCGGUCUGGAAUGUGUACUCUCUAGUAUGAAUAUAAGGCAUGAGUUUGACUUUGUGUACACCUCAUAUGAUUUGGGCGUUCAAAAACCGGACUGUGCUGCAUUUCUGAAGCCUCUAGAAAAGUAUAAUGUGCACGCUCCUGAAGCGUUGCAUAUUGGAAAUCUUUACGAUAAAGAUUAUAUAGGUGCACGCAAUGCUGGCUGGAGCAGUUUGCUCAUUACAAAAUCGGUUGAUGAGACACAGAAGGCUAAACCUACACACGCUUAUUCUAGUUUAAGAGAAAUGCAUAAUGCUUUGGAAACUAUUGAUAUCGAGUGGUAAACAUAACUGAGAUAAANAUAGUCGUUUUAAUGUUAAGUUUAAAAUUUGACUAUGGAACAUUGUGAUGAUUAUUAACUUCUUGAUAAACAAAUGACUAAAUAUUUUUUAUUGUGCGAUAUUUUAAGAAAUAUAAUAAAGUUUUAUUGAUACUUAUUAGAUAAAAACUGUUAUUUUAUAAGUAACGCAUAAAAAUAUCAAUCGAAGAAAUUAAACUUAAUUUUUACAAACAGUAAUGCGUUGUCUUUAAAG